UAAAUUGGUGAUGCGGCUGCAGUGGUUCGUCAGUGAAGCAUUUGAUUUGGUCUAAUAAACAGCAACCGAGUGCAUCUCGAGGAUAUAGAAACACCUGGGAUUACUGUGAGAUACCGUGCCAAGUGCUAACCAUGAAAGCCUUCAUCCUAAUGUCCUGUCUGGCUUUGGCCGCCGCCCGUCCUGAGGCCGGAUACAACUACAACCGUCCCGGUGGUGGCGGUGGCUCCGGCGGUGGCUCCCAUGGUGGUGGCAUCGGUGGUGGCAUCGGCGGAGGCAUUGGCGGCGGUGGUUUCGGCGGUGGAUUCGGUGGCGGAUCUAGCGGUGGAUUCGGAGGCGGUGGCAGCUUCAGCAGCGGCAGCAGCGGUAGCUUCAGCAGCGGCGGAGGAGGUGGCUUCUCCAGCGGCGGCGGUGGAGGCGGAGGCGGUGGUUUCGGUGGCGGCUUCGGCGGUGGCUCCAGCGGUGGAUUCGGAGGAGGAAGCAUCGGUGGAUUCGGAGGCGGCGGCGGCGGCGGUGGUGGCACCACCCUGGUCCAGAAACACAUCUACGUCCAUGUGCCGCCACCAGAGCAGGAGGAAGUGCGUCAGCGGCCUAACCUGCCAGUGGGCCAGGCCCAGAAGCACUACAAGAUCAUCUUCAUCAAGGCCCCAUCUCCGCCCUCGUACCAGGCUCCAGUUAUCCCGCUGCAGCCCCAGAACGAGGAGAAGACCCUGGUCUAUGUGUUGGUGAAGAAGCCCGAGGAUCAACAGGAUAUUGUCAUCCCCACGCCCGCACCUACGCAGCCCUCGAAGCCCGAGGUCUACUUCAUCAAGUACAAGACCCAGAAGGAGGCUGGCGGCAUCUCCGGUGGCUCUUCCGGCGGUGGCUUCACCCAGACCAACACUGGCGGCGGCUACACCUCCGGCGGCGACGGCGGUUUUGGCGGUGGUGAUAGCGGCGCCAUCUCGGCCCCGUCCAGCAAUUACGGUCCCCCCGGAAAGUCGGGUCCUUACUAAGACGCCUCCAACCCAUCGACAACUUCAAAACUGCUAACUUCGAACUCGGCUCAAGCUGUCCAAGACUAGUCCUGUCGUUGAAACGCCCCCGACUCUCACACGAAGACCACAUCAUCCCAUCACCAUUGACUUUUUCUUCUUUGACCCCUUGACCUUUCAAGUCAUUCAUAAUCCUCUUUUUUCUGACACAUCUAGACUAGACCUUGACUACUUCCAAGAUCACAAAAAGGAAAAAGGGGGCGGCGCUUUCGCCCACGACUUUUGUACAUAAUACAUUUCCGUGCUUCAUUUUCACUUCA